AGGGUUUGAAUUUCCUCUUCGAAACACUUGCUUCACACAGUAAGCUCUCUGCCUGAGAUACAGUAACUGGCAUUAGCACAGUGUUAAGACCGAGCCUGGACCAACGGGUGGACCAUCAGUCAGGGCAUCCUCUCUUACGACAUCCCCCAUCCCCCUCACCUUGCUCAGCAUCACCCCCACCUUGCUCAGCAGAGAACUACCAUGAUCUCACUCCAGAGGAUGUUGGGCCUCACGCUCAUGCUGUUACAUGGAGUAGUUACCUUUCCUCUUGAGCUCAACCCUCCCAGAGUGGUGGUGAGAUAUGGAGACUCAGUCUCAGUCAACUGCAGCACAUCAUCCACAGACCAUGAUGGGAUGGGCUGGGAGGCCACAUUCGGAGGUACAAGUUUAGAACAAGAUGUCACCUUUGUCACCUGGACUGUGGAUAACCUUACUGAUUGGACAAUAGAACCCAAAUGCUACAUCAAUCGCAAUGAUGGCAAACAAAACUCAAAAGUACUUCCAGUCAUUCUCUACAAGACUUCAGACAGAGUCUCCAUCUCUGUUCUGAACCACUCUGGUCCCAUGGUGGAGGGGACACAGUACCAGCUGCAGUGUGACAAUCAGAACAUCGCUCCUCUACAGAACCUGGUUGUGAAGUGGUACAAAGGGAAUGAACUCUUAGAUAAUGUAACUUACAGUAACGUCAGUAAGAGACCAGAGGAUGUGUCAGCUACUCUGAUGAUCAGCCCCAAUAGAUAUGAUGAUGGAGCUCAGUAUAGAUGUAGAGCAGAACUGGACCUGGGACCAGAGGGACCACAACCCCAUCCUACAGUGACAUCAGAACCUCUCAGCAUUACUGUUCACUACGCUCCUGAGUUCCUUCCAGGAAAUGACACAGUGGAGGUGAGUGCAGGCAGUGAUGUGUCUCUGGACUGCAGUGCUGAGGGGAACCCUCCUCCUGAGCUGAGGUGGACCAACAACACUGCAGAGGGAAAUGCCAAUGAGACCACUGUGGGGCGCCUGCGUACUCUCAAUAUCUCCAGAGUAACAGCUAAUGCAACUUACAACUGCACAGUCACAAAUAGACUGGGCUCCAUCACCAAGCAGAUACAUGUAUUAGUAGAUGUACCUCCACAACAACACCCAACGAUGUUCUCCACAGCACCUUCAACUCCGGAAACUAUGACCACCCUUCCAGGAACAGCCAAGCCAAAAGUAGUUACCUUUCCUCUUGAGCUCAACCCUCCCAGAGUGGCGGUGAGAUAUGGAGACUCAGUCUCAGUCAACUGCAGCACCUCAUCCACAGACCAUGAUGGGAUGGGCUGGGAGGCCACAUUCGGAGGUACAAGUUUAGAACAAGAUGUCACCUUUGUCACCUGGACUGUGGAUAACGUUACUGAUUGGACAAUAGAACCCAAAUGCUACAUCAAUCUCAUUGACGGCAAACAACCCUCAAAAGUACUUCCAGUCAUUCUCUACAAGACUCCAGACAGAGUCUCCAUCUCUGUUCUGAACCACUCUGGUCCCAUGGUGGAGGGGACACAGUACCGGCUGCAGUGUGACAAUCAGAACAUCGCUCCUCUACAGAACCUGGUUGUGAAGUGGUACAAAGGGAAUGAACCAUUAGAUAAUGUAACUUACAGUAACGUCAGUAAGACACCAGUGGAUGUGUCAGCUACUCUGAUGAUCAGCCCCAGUAGAAAUGAUGAUCGAGAUCAGUAUAGAUGUAGAGCAGAACUGGACCUGGGACCAGAGGGACCACAACCCCAUCCUACAGUGACAUCAGAACCUCUCAGCAUUACUGUUCACUACGCUCCUGAGUUCCUUCUAGGGAAUGACACAGUGGAGGUGAGUGCAGGCAGUGAUGUGUCUCUGAACUGCAGUGCUGAGGGGAACCCUCCUCCUGAGAUGAAGUGGAACUACACCGCUGCACGCAAUGUGAAGUUGUCCACUGAGGGGCGCCAGAGGACUGUUAGAAUCACCACAGCCACGUCUACCAACGCUGGGAGCUACAUCUGCACUGCCACGAAUAGAGUUGGGACGGCCACCAGAACAACAACAUUAUUAACUAUGAAAGGUGGCUCCUCGAGUAUAAUUUAUAUAAUUUGGGUGAUUGUAUUUGUUUCCCUGGUCAUUGUCCUGGUAGUCCUGAUAGUCUUCUGUAUGAUGAAGAAAAGACAAGGACAUUAUGAUAUCAUACCAGUCGACCAGCCAAACAACAUUCCAAUGAUGCCACUGUCUACAACAGGGGAAGGCAACCAUGAUCCAGAGGGGUAUCCUACGAAGGUGUGAGGAGUUACCUAGGUAAAUUAGAUCAACUCUGAGUUCAACUCGGGAUAGUCUGUCAUAGGAAAGUGUCUCACCCUUUAGCCAGGUACAUUUCAGAACUAAUCUGCUCCUGGGCAGGCUAACUCCAGUCCAGUAGAGGUUACUGAGGGGAGGACGGUCCAUAAUAAUGGCUGGAACGGAGCGUGGAUACCAUUCCACUGAUUGCGCUCCAGCCAUUACCAUGAGCCCGUCUUCUCCCGAUUAAUGUGCCAACAAUCUCAUGUGAACUCCACUUACCCUGACUGAAGUGACUGAGCCACGAGUUGAAGACCAAUUAAAUACGAAUCCCUCCCGCUUGUAAAGAUUGCGUCAACAUCUACUGCAUUUGAGGAAGACAAUAUUUUAUUCAUGAAAUGUUUUUUUGUGUGUAGAUGUUUUUUUUUUUUUGGGGGGGGGGUUCAAAUAUAUCACAUUCCAAAUUUUGUAAUGACAGAAUGCAUUUUAAACUUCACGCACAGUAACACUUUUGUACAACAUUCAAAUGAUUUGGUCUACAUGCAACACUGGGAUUUAAUAAAUAAAAUCCUUAAAAAUACAUUUAAUCCACAUCAUUGAACAAUUCUGAAUAAAAACUAAAUGUAUUUAUUUCAAACAACAAUGAGACUGCGUGAUCUGCAAAAGUAUUUAAAAUGUAAGAUUAGGGUGGCGAUUCAAUCGGAGUAAUGUAUUUUACUUGACUUUGAAUGUGAUUUUGAGUAACAAAUCUAUGUGCGUUUACUGUUAUUACACUUGUAUAGGAUUUGGAGUCAAUGUCAACUAUGUGUAGUCUAGACUAGGGCCGCAACUUUGGUUCAAGUAGUGGGGGGACAUAAUAUUAUCAUUUGUUUUAAAAUAUCCAGUCCGAUAAACACUAUACAAACAGCCUAUGCGACCGCACGGAGACAUCCGCGUGGUCUUAAAGCACACCGCGCCUAGUUUUGUAUCACAUUCCAAUGAUAAAACUGGGGAGGACAAAAUUGAAUUUCAGAAUGUGGGGGGGACAUGCCCCCGUCUCCAGUGAAAGUUGUGUCCUUGCAAGGAAUUGCACUGUAUAAGAAAACAACAACAUGAAAUGUAUUACUGCCAUGUGCUGGCUGCCCUCUUGAACAAAUAGUGUUGUAAAAUUUGAGGAUUUAUGUAAGUAUGAAGUAGCUAUGUGUGUGUGCUUACCUUAGUCUAGAAAAUGAAUCAGAAUACUGUUGAUACAUAGGCCUCGAUUCAGUGGUACAGUUUGUUGUAUUGUGUUUACACAAUCUAACUAUGAGCUUUUUUUUUAGUGUGACUAGCGUUUUUUAAAUGCUUUUGUAGAUUUUUGCCUGUUCAAGUGUCUUGCAUCUGACAACAUACAAAGGAAUUUAAUAAGAAUGUUCAUAUUUCUAUAUCAAUAGUUAAUUGUAUUGCUCGCUGUAGUCUAAUUACAAUAGAAUCUGAACAUUCAUUUUCCUUUUUAAAACUUUUUUCAAAUAUGUUUUUAAAAGUGACUUGUGUAUGCCCAUAAAUAAACAAGAUUCACCGAU